AUGAGACAAAGAGCAGGAUCACGGCCGACGCCGAUUCAGACCGACUUCGAGUCAACAUCCGACUACAACCAGCCCAUAAUCCCGCCGCUCGACCCAGCGACAGAAAGGGAACUCCGCAAAUCAUGUUCCCUCCUGCUACUCAACCCUCCCAAAGCAAAACGCAACGACUCCGAAGCCCGCCGCCCCUCCGUCGUCGCCGCUGCGGUCAUCGACGACCGAGAACGCAGCCACUCCGCUCUCUCCGGCCGCACCAUGUCCCCGACCCUCCCGCUCUCGCCGCUGCCACCACCAUCACACCCACCCCGGUCCGCCACGCACACCCCACCACCCAACUCAGCCGUCUUCGCCGUCCGCAAAGACGCCAACUUGCGUGCCAGCCAGAUCGAAAUCCGCCGGGUUGAGCAAGGCUCGAUCGUGAAGACGGCCACCAUACCGGACCGCGCCUCGGCCUUCCUCCUCGCGAAGCCCACCCUCGUCGACGUCCUCCCCUCGCCCAGUCGCCCGCGCACCGCAUGCACCGUCCGUUCCUCGAUGCCGCCGACCCCCGGCGGCGAACGCCGAGAUUCCGCCGUCACCCUGGGCCGGUUCAGUCCUGCACCCACGGGACGCUUCAGUCCCGCCCCGAGACCGAAGACCGGCCUGGGGCAGCAUGAGCACACUGCCUCCAUCGAGCGUCCAAAAACCGGGCUCAGCCACGAACGACAGACGCCUUCGCCGCCCAUGACCGAUCGGCCGAAGACGGGACAUGGGAAGACGGCGUCAGGCGGCAGCAUGCCGGCGGACCGGAGACUCAGCCUGUUCCCGAGGCCGAGGACAGCUCAUGGAUCCGGAUCUUCCUCUGGGAGCUCAAUCAAUCGCCCGCUGCCGCCGCUGCCGAAGGGAAUGAUCGUACAGGAGUCUACGGGGUCCCCGGCUUCUGGUGCCGCCUCUACCCAGCAAAAGGAGAAGAAGAAGAUUGGGUUCGUGCAGUUCCAGUCAUUUUGGAAGGCAACAUUUAGGUUCGGGAGGUCGGGGAAACAUGCGAAGGAAGCGACGACCAGUGUGGCGAUCAAGCCAUAG